AUGCGCACGCGAAGACAGGCUCGAGCCGAGAUGGGUGAGCCGAGCGAGAGCGUCAAGGAACCGGCUGAAAGCUCCCUCAAAAACAAGCAAGAAAGGAACCCGGACUUGGAACCUGCCGAGUUGAGCGACGACGACGAUGACCGAGGGAAAGCGAAGGCGAAGGUCCUUGAGCCCAAAGUCACGGGAAAAGAGCUGAAAAAGAAGCGCGAACGAAUGAGGGCAUUGAGGGCGCGUCUACUCGAGGGCGAAACUCCUGAAGAUCGAAAAGAACGCUGGAGACUGAUUCAUGCUAAAUGGCGAGCCGAGAGAUGGGCCCGGAUGACGCCCGAGGAGCGGGCUGAGGCCAAAAGAAAAGUCCAGACUAGAAGGCAAAAAGAGGAGUGCCGCAAGAAAAGAGCUGAAUGGGCAAGAACGUAUAAGGAACGUUUUCCAGAUAAACACCUGGAGCUUCGACAGCGACAGCUCGAGCGCAGUUAUGUUCGACGUCAAAUCGAGACGCCGGAAGCGCGCGAACGAAGGUUAUUGAUAGAACGGGCGCAGAGAUUCAGAAGAAGGCAAAGAGAGCUGGAGGCCAAGAAGAAGCUUGAAGCGGAAGCGCCGGAGAGUGAGCCGCCGAAGAAAAAGAAGCGAAUAUGCAAGGUGAACCCGAAUGAGACGCUCGAGGAACAUCAAAUCCGAGUCCAGGCCAAGCAGGCUCAACAGGCGGCCAAGAAGCAGGCAAAAAUCGACGCAGCCAAAGCUGCCCAAGAGGCUGCUGCCCCGCACGCAGAGGCGCAACGGCGACAGCUAGAAGUUCGGUGCCGGGUGGCUAGGUGGUGGGCGCACAAGCAGGCCACGGAAACGCCAGAAGCGCGCGAGCACCGCAUGCUACAUGGCGCCCGUUACUGCGUGACGUUCAAGAGCAAAGAGGGAAUAGAAUACGCCACAGUUCGAAUCGUCUACAAAAAGCCAGAGCACGUGCCCAAAUACGAAGCCAACGACGAGCCACGGGGCAAGAAACCGCCGAUGAUCAUUGACCCGACAGAUCCAAAUUCCUACCAACAUCCUGCUGGUGAUGCUCAACCAGAAAUGCAUAACGACGGCCCUGUUUGGGACGAUGGGCUAGACUAUACUGAAGACGCUGAGGGCCCCUCGACCUCCACA